AGAUCAUCCAGUCCAACCCCUCUGCCAGCGCCAGGACCUCAGCUGAGAGUGAAACCAUUCCUUUUGGUGUGGCAGCAGGAAUGUUGCAAGUACCCUGUUCUGGAAAAUACUGUCCCUGUUUUGCAGUAUUGAUGCUGUGCCUUGGAUUUAUCAACUGGCUGAUGAUAUUCCUGUGGUGUGCCUGGAGCUGCUCAGAAGGAACCAUCCUCCCUGCAGCUGGGAGGGUUGUGUCUGGGGAGAGUGAAUGUGGAUGUUCUCCCAGCAGCUUCAGCUGAGGAAGAUGAGGUCUACUGCAAAUGUGUGAAAGGCCACUGCAGACCAAAGUCCACCUGAGUGACUCUCUGUCUCUGGAGCUGCCAAUAGCAAGUGUUUCAAGUGUGGCAAACAGGGUCUGAGCUUCUCCUCAGCAACAAGCUUGGGUGCAGGCUGGAUCUGCUCCAGGGCCAGCACAGGAACAAAGGAGCAAACCUGGUCUUUAGACCAGUGUGAAAAAGGACAAUGGGGUUUGAGAGGAAGGAGACUUCUUGUUUCUUGCACUGCUCAGUCCAUCCUAGCAAACACCAGGGUGUUUGAGAGGCUGACGAGAACCCUGAAUCAUUGCAACACCAUCCAGAGUAGUCAGGGGUUGGAAGCACUUGGUGGACCCGGGGAGAGAUGGUGCAAUGCAGGUUGGUGGCAGCAGAGUCCAGAGUAUGCAAAAUCAAGGGCCAAACUGGCUGAGCAAACAGCCCUGGGGCAGUACUUGCUCCCUGCUGCUGUCAGCCCCUUCUCCAGUGCUGCUGCUGGGGUCCCUCCCUGCCUGUCCCUAUGGCUGUGCUCACCCUUCACCUUCUCUGUGCCUUCCUGCACCAUUUUCAUGUUAUUCCCUACCCUGCAGGUGAGGAGGAUUGUAUGUGCCCAGCUGGAAGUUGGCACUGACUCACAUCAGGGGCCAGGAUUACUCCUGGGGUGCUGGUGCUCCCCACAUGUGCUGCUCUGGCUAUCCUCAAAGUCAGCUCCAGAAGAAAGAGCCUCUGUUACACAUCUGUGACUGCAGCCUCCUCCAUCCAGCUGAGAGGGAAAUUAUGUGUGCAAGAGGAGUCAGGGCUCCGUUCCCAACGCACUGCGCACAUCGCCAGGGCUCCAGCGCCUGCCACACGCUCAGCCACAGCCUGGAGGAUGCUGCACCUCAAGGUCCAGUUUCUGGAUGACUCUCAGAAGAUCUUUGUAGUUGAUCAAAAAUCCUGUGGAAAAGCGCUGUUCAACCUCACCUGCAGCCACCUCAACCUUGCAGAGAAGGAAUACUUCGGGCUGGAGUUUCAGAGCCAGGCUGGGAACCAAGUCUGGUUGGAAGCACUAAAACCCAUAACAAAGCAAGUCAAAAAUCCUAAGGAGGUUCUUUUCAAAUUUAUGGUGAAAUUUUUCCCAGUGGACCCCGGCCACCUGAGAGAAGAGCUGACCAGGGCACACUCCUGUCCCUCUCCACAGGUACCUCUUCACCCUCCAGAUCAAGAAGGACCUGGCGCUGGGGCGGCUGCCCUGCAGCGACAAGAGCGCGGCGCUGCUCGUCUCCCACCUGCUGCAGUCCGAGCUGGGCGACUUCCACGAGGACACGGACCAGCAGCACCUGGCGAGCCACAGGUACCUGCCCAACCAGGAGUACCUGGACAACAAGAUCAUGCACUACCACCGGCGGCACGGCCGCCCUCUCCCUUUGUCACCUCCUGUGUGCGCAGUGGGAAGACGCCGGCCGAGUCGGACGCUCAGCUGCUGGACGUGGCCAGGAAGCUGGAGAUGUACGGGAUCCGCCCGCACCCAGCCAGCGACGGCGAGGGCACGCACAUCAACCUGGCCGUGACACACAUGGGCGUGCUGGUCCUGCGGGGCAACACAAAGAUCAACACUUUCAACUGGUCCAAAAUUCGCAAACUGAGUUUCAAGAGGAAGCAUUUUCUCAUCAAGCUCCACGCAAACAUCUCAGCGCUGUGCAAGGACACGCUGGAGUUCACCAUGGCAAGCCGGGACGCCUGCAAGGCUUUCUGGAAGACGUGUGUGGAGUACCAUGCCUUCUUCAGGCUGUCUGAAGAGCCCAAGUCAAAACCCAAAGCCCUUCUGUGCAGCAAGGGCUCCAGUUUCCGCUACAGCGGGAGGACACAGAGGCAGCUGCUGGAGCACGGGAGAAAGGCAAAGAUGAAGAGCCUGCCCUUCGAGAGGAAGCACUACAGGUCCCGCUAUGAUGAGAGGCAGUGCCGCUCCUCUCCAGACCUCCUGACAGACGUCUCCAAGCAGGUGGAGGAGCUGCGCCUGGCCUAUGGCUCUUUCCAUGCCAAUGGGGUGCACGGCUCCGAGCCCACACUGGACAGCCGGCGCCGCAGCUCCGCCGUGGAGGUGACAUUUGUCGCAGAGCUGGAGCCCUCCAGGCCCGAGGCAGCCCCUGCCUUCCUGCCCCACUCCAGGAGCUCAUCCGCCUUCCCCCUGCUCUAUGCCGAGCUGCAGCUGGAGCGAGCGUGGGAGCCCGCAGACCUCUUCAGUGCCAGGAACCCCCUGACCUCCUUUCGGCCCCACCACCAGUUCGCCGGCAACAACAAAAGCACCUCGGUGGGCAACAUACGGGAGGUGAGCGGCCGGACGCUGGUGUACACGGACGUGCCGUGCCCCCUGCCCAUGGCCAGCCCGGCCCCGCAGCACUUCUUCUGCCUGGACAGGCCCCCGCAGCCCCCGUGCCACACGCUGGCACCUGGCAAGGACGUGGCCAGCCAAUGCAGCCCCGCGGCUGCACAACCCCUCAGGCGGAGCCCGAGCGGGACGCGGGCCAGGGACUUCCAUCACGAGGCUGCGAGCACAAGUGUGGUCACAGCAGGGGACAAGAGGUUCCUGACUCGCUCCUUCGACUACGGCCUUCAGGAGCAGCCCCCCAAGCGGUCCUGGAGCCAGUCGGACAUGAAAACCAUCCGCUUCCCCUACAGCUCGGAGUUCCGGCCGCUGGGCCCGUGCCCCACGCUGAGCAGCCGCAGAGCGGGCGCCCUCUGGCACGGGCCGGGGCUGCGGCGCGGGGCCGAGCGCUACGUGGGCAGCAGCACCGAGUCCAGCGACUCCGACUCCGAGCUGCUGACGGCCGAGCACUGCUCGCUGUACGGCCGCGUGCUGCGGGCGCCCAUGGCACGCCUGCGCCUGUCCUCCGGCAGCCUCCAGCUCGAGGAGGAGGAGGAGGAGGAGGUGUCCUUGGCUGCUGAAGGGAGGACGUGCAGGGGGGCCUCCAGGUACUUCACCUAGUCAGGUGCCUGGCGCCAGCUGGAGGGAGCUGCACGGGCCUGAGGGCCACAGGAGCUCCUGCUCCCAGGGCUGCUUGCAAAAUGUUGAUGGGCUUGUGUUUUGUGAGUGCUCUUAGCUAUAGAGGAUGUGUUCAUGGACAACAGGGGAGAGAGUGCAGAAGUACUCAACGUUGGCCUCACACCACCACCAUGCUCCUGCUCCAGUCAGAGGGGCCAGGGCUCUCCUAAAGCCCCGCAAAUGCUUUACAUCCUACUGAAGCUGCUGGCCACACUUGGGGCUCAGCCACUGGAGUCUUCAGGGAGCGAGAAAAAGAAAAGAGAUCUCCUGGAAGAGUUUAAAUGUCUAUUUUCCACAGCUGCAGGGAAGCACACUGGGUGAAAGGGUAUUUGAGGCCCAUUUGGAGAGGAGCAGGACCUUCAGGGGAGGCUGCUUCAGGACAAGGCUGCUGGUAUCAGGUGCUCCUCAUGAUGCUUGGAGCCACAGAGGGAGCAAAUAGCUCUUCUCCAGCCACUUUAUAGCCUGUCCUUCCCCAAGAGACAUCCCAGUGGGGCUUGUAAAUCCCUUAGCAACAUCCACCUGUGAGCUCGGGGAAGUAGGUUAAUGAAUGACAUUGUAUGGCUGUUUUUCUUAGGUCCAUUUGCUGUCAUUUCCUGGCAGCAGGUCUGUAGCCCCAGCACUUCAGGGCCCUGCUUGAACCUGGGGGAGCAAGGUGUGUAGGAGGCAGUUAAGCAGCAUGGGGAGAGACCUCAGCAGGAAAGAAUCAGGCAGCUGAAGCCCACCCUGGCAUUCAGAAGUCUGCUGUAAUCAUGGUGCUUCAAAACUUUCCUGUUUGCUACAUGAGUGCAAUGUUAUUUUUACCAGGCUCUUUCUAACUAGAAAGAAGGAGCAGGAGAUGGGACUGCUGGCUAUCCAUGGGGUGAUAGGAGGGAUCCCCUGUUUAUCCAUUGCUCCCCUGAAGGAAAAAGGUAUAAAGACAGCUCUUGGAACUAAUUCUAUUACAAAAACUUACAAUUACCCUAAACCUACAUGGAAUCUACUCAGAAAAAUGCAGAAUGACGAUGCAGCUGUAGGGAAGGAUCUUGUUGCUUGUCUGUAAGAACCCUGUAAGACUCUGUAGGACAUGACUCUAAGGAGAGGGAGAGCCAGGUAAAUCCAUGGCUGUGAAACUACUGCAACCUGCUAGAACAGACUUCAGAAAGAAGGAAGCUGGGGCAAAGACAGAAAAUAGGUUAAAACGUAAAAAGAACAGGGCUUAUGGGUACUGUGCAGCCUGUGCGUGGCCAUCUCUUGUUUUAGAAGCUGGACAAUAAAAAUCAGUUGUUUGCAUCCAA